UCUUCAACCACAAAAGCAAGCGAGAAAGCUCCCAUAUCUGUCUCUUCCUCAUGGGAUUCCCAGUGGGCUACACAGAUCUCGUCUUCCCCAAGAUAUUCCUUCACGUCCUCUCUCUUCUGGGUUUCAUCCGAAAACUCAUCACCAUUCUCUUUCGCUACCUGGGUCUGCACGAUUUUCUCGAGCCCGACAUUGUUUGGCCCCACCCGGUGCCCGAAUUUCACUCGGUGUCGGCCAUGCUCAUCCGCGAAAUCCUGCCGGUCGCCAAGUUCUCCGACCUGGUGGACCCGCCGGAUAGCUGCGCCGUCUGUCUCUACGAGUUCGAGGCCGACGACGAGAUCAGGCGGCUCACCAACUGUAGGCACAUAUAUCACCGGGGAUGCCUGGACCGGUGGAUGGGUUACGAUCAGAGAACGUGUCCCUUGUGUCGAACACCUUUCAUACCUCACGAUAUGCAAGCUGCCUUCAAUGAUAGGCUCUGGGCUGCUUCUGGCAUUCCAGAAUUCUACGCUGAUUCUGAAGAAUAUCCUCAUCUUUCUUCUUUUUAGCUCUGCAAAUACUCUUCUGUGGUUUUUUUCUUCCUUCUUUCUCAUUAGUCCUUAGGCUUUACAGGGAAGAAAACCAGGAGGGAAAAAAAAAGAAAAUUGUACUGUUGAGAUAUCUGUAUAUAUACAGCAGAAAAAGAGAAAUCCAAAGCGAAGUCUCUGUAGUUAGAUGAAUUUGUAAAGUUUAUUCUCGCUUCAGAUUUUGGAUCUCA